CACAGCAUCAAGCAAGACGACAACUCGAUACGAUCAUAGUUGCUCGCUACGCAAGGUUCGACAACCAUGAUGUCUCACAAACGAGCUCGCGAAUCCACCUCGGACAAGGAGAACUCGAUCACCACCCCGACCCACGGCAAACCCGUUAUGAUCAAGAAACAGAGGCUGGACCUCGACACCUUCAGGACGUUCGGCGGCAAGACGAAGAACAAGGACAAGGUGCAUGUCAUCAUGCAGGAACAAAUGCGAGCUCGACAAGCCAGGGAGAUCCUUACCCCUCCACCGAGUUCGGAGCUCGAUAUCCAGCUCCCCGAGCAGGACGAGGCGCACCUUCACUAUACGCAACCUCGAAAAGUUCAAUUCCGACCCGCUCCCAGCUCUCAGAACCAGUCUCAUGCUGAUAGCAUGUACCGGCUGAUGACGACACCCAUGGAGACCCUCAUGUCUUCCUCGCCUGUCUUGCCCACCUCGCCGCUCAAGGAGGAUUAUGCUCUCAUGCGGCCAGGACAAGCACGAGGGGUAACGGCACCCGUAUCGUUGGUAACCCUUGCUGUGGACUAUGACGGAUCACACAACCUCAUCCUCGGGCGAAGCCGCAAGACUUCUCUCAGUCCCUCUACGCUCCACGUGAUUGAAGAGGCAGGACCGUCCAACCAGAUGGUCGAAAGCAAAACCCUCCCUACCUCUUUCCCUUCCGACCUAGCUUCCAAACUCCCCACCGGAUCUUCAUCGACGAGAGCUAUUUCGACGCUCCCGACACGUCUCUUGCCGCUUCCUAGGAAAGCUCAACAUACUUCCCGGAACCACGUUCUCGUCACCCCUUCUCCUUCUUCUUCUCUACAGGCUUGUCUUUUCGUACACGUGAUGGGACAGAACGGAUGUCGGGUCCGGAUCCUCGGCGCUCGGACCGCUGGUAUCCCUUAUCAUCACCAGAUGCAGCACGUCGUACUGGGGAAGAGGUAUACGGCAGGCAGGGUCGUGACCAUCCGUUCGCCCACCACAGCGACGGGAGGAAGGGGACUGGUAGUGGACAUCGAGAUCGACAUGUACUCGUGCAAGACGAUCGUACACUGGGCAGUGCCUACCCGGUCGGAGGAUACGGGUGAAGACGACGAUGAUGAGACGGAGAGCGAGUCGGAAGACGUCCUCCGGCCCUGGAACCUGGAGCUCAAGCGGCUUCAUCCGGAUCAGCCGCAAUUCGUUCGACUGCACCCUGAUCAUGAGGAGAGGGAAGAUACCCCGGAGGCUCCUUCGGGUCAGGAUCAGAGGGUUUCCUCGGGUCCGUUGAUGUUCCAACCUAGCUCGGGGUUGGGGUUGGUAGCGCCCCUCUCGCCGCCGACUUCUUCGCCUAGGAGGUUGCCCUCACUCGACCUUCCCGGAGAAGAGGAGGAGGAGGGCGAUGUCGAGAUGAGCGUGGUAUCGGAUAUAGGGAGCGAUAACGGGCAGCGUGACGAUGACGCAGACGAAGAUGGUAAGAUGGGCAGGGACGAGAUCUUGAACGACCUCCCUCCCAGUUCACCGCCGAUGGAUCUGGAAAGUCUGCCGGCUUUCCCGGAAGACGAGGAUGAAGACGAAAAGCAGAUCGAGAUGCGGUCGGACGCUCAGAGUGUGGCCUCGCGGCCGACCUCCCCGAUCGAGUCCAUCGACGUCUCUGUCUUGCCGGUCAAAGCUAGGGAUUUCGCCGUCCCCGCUCUUGCUCCUUCUGCCCUUGGUCUCGAAUCUAAGCCUGCCACCUCCUUUGCAUCGAAUUCGACCUUCAUCCGUCGAUCAGCCCCAGCACAACCCACCGCCUCUUCGUCCUCGUCCUCGUCAUCAUCAGGAUUCUUUGGGUUCGACCUCGGCGCGCCGUCCAGGAAGAACGUCGUCGUACGCAAAGUCAUGAUCAGCCGACCUGCGUCGGCUUCGAGCGUCAGGUCUAGGGAGUCUACGCCUGUCUUGAAGGUCAAGGAGAAGGCGAAAGACGCGGAGGAAGAGAAGAAGAUGAAGAAGGCGACGGAUGAAGUGAAGACUGUCAAACCGACCGUGGUCACCAUCGCUCCUGCGCCGGCAUCUGAACCGGUGACGGUGGAGGUAGAAAAGACCCCGGCCCCAGUCACGAUCGAGGAAGCCUCUUCCAUCCCCGAGACCCCUCUGAACACGACGAUCACCCUGCCUGAACCUUCUACUCCGCUCACUCCACUUCCUCUAUCUCCCGAGCUCGCUACCACGACGCCUCCCAUACCUGUCAUACCGACGACAACCAUCGAAACGACGACGGCGAAGAUCACGACAACCGUCGAACCGCCCUCCUCCCCGGCCCGUUCGAUCUAUUCUCAGAUGACCUCGGAUUCGGAAUCCGAGGGCGAGGCCGAACCGGGCCAAAAGGAGACGGUCGGGGUCGUCAGGCGAUUAGGAGAGAUGCAGAAGAAAAAGUCGCAAGCGAAGUCGUUGUCGCACGUCAAGGGUUUGGGGGGAAAGAGCAAGGCGGUGAAGAGGGAGUUGAUCGAAGCGGGCGAGAAUGAGGAGGUGAAGGAGGUGAAGAAGAGGAAGGUGGACGUUUCGACGGCCCUGACUUCAUCCGACACUGCCGACACCGCUACUUCAGAAACUGCCGCCCCUGCACCCGCUGUAACGACGGAGACGACCAUAGCGCCUCUACCAACCGAACUGGAUUCCGACUCGACCCCUCAUCCGCCGAAAGACUUGGACCUGAAAGCUCUGGUCGCUACUAGCGUGGUCUUUUCGGGAGUGAGCGCUAUUGGCGCGUUUGAUCUGGUCAAGACGAUCUUGGACUCACAACCGUCCAUGAGAAGAUUGGGAUCGGAUUCGACGUGGGCUAGUUGGAUUGGGGAUGUCUUGCGUGGAGAGGGGAUGUUUGGACGAGUGGACCGGAAGGGCAAGGACUCGUCCGGCCACCCGCUCCUGCCGUUGUACUAUUACCUCCCCGCCAACGACCCUGACCAGACCCGGGCAGCCGAGCUGGGAGCCUGCAUGCGACCGCUAAGGGGCGUGCAGAGGGGUGGUGGAAAGGCGAUCGAUUGGAGGCCUGUUGGGAGUCGCGGCAGGCGUUGACGCGUCGUGUGCUCUCCGGCCGAGGGUGUGAUGUCAUAGUGACAAUAAUGUAUCAGAAGUGUGUUUCAGAUCUUGUAGUACUGCUUGUAAGCUUUUGCACGAUUUAUAAUUGGCUCGAAA